AUGCCAGCCACUCCCGCAAAUGAACAGCCCAAAGAACCGGAAGUACGUGCGACAGCGUCCCAUGGACAGAACGAGCCAAGCAUUGUUAUAUGGCCGUCAGGAGCAUCGCAGCCGUUAUCGGAGCAAGACUCGAGUAUUGGUGAUGAUAUAAAAGAACGCCAUAACAUGUAUAUACCCUCUUCACAGGCACUCGAGUCUGAUUCUGAGGCACAAAAUGGUCGGCCGUCCGUCUUAUUUGAGAAACUGCCCAAGGUUCCCAGGCCACCACGUACGGCAUCUUCAUCGGACCAGGCAUGGAAGACACUCACGAGCGUUCCGAGCCGCAAUGGCCAGGAUUCCAUGCCCGAACGUACGGGCCACGGCCGGCGCGCCUCUGUAUUGUCUAUGAAGACGGAUGGGGGCGUGGAUAGACCCCGUCGCCUUUCCUACAGUAGCUACAACGACGAACCCAACACAGAUAACAGUGACGUUAUUAUCGGACAAGGCACAACGGACCUCGAAACUGGUGCUCGAGUACCCCAUGAAGUCAAAGAUACCAGCUCGCUUGAGGAUAAAGAGGCUGAUACAAUCAUUGUCGAGUGGGACGGCGACGACAAAGAGCUCGGCAUGACAUGGUCGCUCACAUAUCGUGCAUAUGUGGCUAUUCUUGUCGGCGCAUUAUCGAUUGCGUCAACGAUGACAUCGUCGCUGCCAUCCAACUUGAUGCCCAAGACGGCGGCGCACUUUGGUGUGUCAGAAGAAGUCAUCAAACUUUCGACGUUCAUUUUCCUUGGUGGAUAUUGCUUCGGACCUCUCCUUUGGGCUCCAUACUCUGAACUGUAUGGUGUCAGAUGGCCCUUUAUUUUUUCUAUGGCUGGCCUCACGAUUUUCAACAUGGCAUGUGCAUUGGCGCCCAAUAUUGGUGGGCUUAUUGCUUUUCGUUUCUUGGCUGGCGUAUUCGCAUCAUGCCCACUAGUCGUCGGUGGUGGCGCUAUGGCGAAUAUCUGGCCAAAGGAGUUGCUGGGUUUGGGAAUGUGUGUGUUUUCCAUGUCACCCAUGGCCGGCCCCGCAUGUGGUCCCGUCAUUGGUGGAUACGUGGCCGUAGUUAAGUCGGCUACGUGGCGUUGGGGCUUUUGGGCCUGUACGAUUCUAUCAGGAUUUCUCACGCUUCUUACGUUCUUGACUCUGAAAGAGACCAACCAGGUUAUUACUUUGAAGAAAAAGGCCCAACGUCUGCGCAAGGAGACAGGUGACAAUCGAUACAAGGCUCCUGUUGAACUCCGCACGAUUGACCUACGCGAGCUUGCGACCCGUUGGCUCAUUUUGCCCAUCCUCAUGUUUGUGUACGAGCCCAUGUUACAGGCUAUCACUAUGUAUAUGUCAUUCGUGUACGGUGUGCUGUACCUCUUUUUUGAAGCAUUUCCUGUUGUGUUUGGUGCCCAUGGCCUCAACAAUCUCCAAACUGGUCUUACCUUCUUGGGUUUCCUGCUCGGAUGUAUUAUUGGCGGCCUCUUUUACAUUUUUGUUGAGAAUCCACGGUAUGUGAAACUGAUGAGGGCAAAUCCACAAGGAGCGCCUCCACCUGAAGAACGGCUGAUGGUUUGUAUGUAUGGCGCACCUAUUCUUGUCAUUUCUCUAUUUUGGUUUGGUUGGACGUCGUACCCUUGGAUUUCCAUUUGGUCGCCCAUUGCAGCAGCCUGCUUUUAUGGCAUUGCCAUGUUCUUUGUUUAUUUCGCUCUCAUGACAUUUAUUGCUGAUGCAUACCGAGCCCAAACAGCCUGUGCACUCUCAGCAAACACAAUUGUCCGUUCUACAUUUGGUCUUGGAUUUCCUUUGUUUGCCUCUCAAAUGUUUGUUAAACUGAACCCUCGAUGGGCAUCCACUGUCCUGGCGUUUAUUUCCGUUGCUUUAUUCCCAAUUCCUUUCGUGUUGUACAAGUAUGGCCCUUGGCUGCGCUCCAAGGCAAAGUAUGCAUUCGGAGAGGACAACUAG